AUGAGGAGCAAAAAAGGCAGCCGAUGCACAAUCGUCCAUCAUACUGACAUCUGGGACGCUCGUGUCAUCAAGCCGUGCCAUCUGCAGAGUCUUCGCAGUGCCCUGGGGCCUUCAAACCUGGCUGCGACCUCCGAGGAAGGGCAGGACAUUUGCGCGUUGGAGCGAUGUAUUCACCCAUUCACCCCGAAAUUCCUCCUUGUCACAGCCUUUUCCACAGAAGGCUAUUCUUGCUUUUCAGGAGCCCCUGGAAGAACAGCUCGCGCACCACCUGCGCCAGGUGCUCACAGGAGAGGUGCUGCGCCUGCGCGGAGCUACCUGCUGCCGGAACUUCCGGAGGAAGCGACCUGCAGGCUGCAGGCCGGGGCUGCAGGGGAUGCGGGAGUCCGCGAGGCGGAGGAGAUUCUCUGCUGCCCCAGCGAUGGCUGGCACUUUAACAUAGGAGGAGAGGCUGGUGAUUGUUCUGAGUUCAGUUACCUGCUGGGAGUCCUGGACUCAGGGGCCUCUGGGAACUGGUUAGUGAGGGUUCCAGAAGCAGCAAGGCCUGCGCCAGCAAGAGUGGCUUUGGUGGCAGCAGCCAACUUCAGUCAUUUGGAUUUCCCAUUGGGAAUAUGUGCUAACCUUCAGGAUAUUCUUGGAACAAGCAAUCACUUUCUGAAUGACAACAAAAGCAAACACAGAAAUCAGUGGGACAUAAAGCAAAAUUUUAUUCAUGGCAAAAGAAAAGUCAACCUGCAGAAUACAAGAAAAUAUGUGAAAAUAUUAUGCUUGACAAGGAUUUGAAAUACAAAAUAUUUUAAAAAGUCAUGUAGUUUAAUAGCCAAAAGCACACCUGUUAAAAGACAAGUGUUAAGAACUGGUAAAGAUGUGAAACAAUGAGAAUCUCUAAACACUGUUGUUAGUGAUAUUAAUCAGUGCAGACACUAAGGGAAACACUCUAUAGAUAUCCCUGGAGAAUUAAAGAUGGAACUACCAUAUGAUUCAGUAAUGCACCUAGAUCGCAGUACCGUCUCCGUGGAGAGAGAGAAUAGCAAAAGAGAGGGAUAGAGGUAGGAAGGGACACCUCUAUUUGAAUUUAUAAAAACUGUAGGGUCUCAGUUUUUUGUUUGUUUGUUUUAACUGAGCAAUAAGUUGGGGCGGACAAAACUCUAUUUAAAGUAUGUAGACCUAUCUAAGCAUCUCAUGGGUAAUAGUAGGAUAUGGGAAAUAAUGACAAAGAACAGUUAAUAUAACCCACUUUGAAUAUCAAGCUUGAUUUGAGAAUGUUGUUUGUUUGUUUGUUUGUUUUUUAUAUCAGGAAAUAAGUAGACCACUUGUUAGGCAUAUAAGACAACUGCAGUGCUCACUUUUAGUA